CAAAACACGAAGAGCUAGACGCCGCAGUAGAUUUGAUGAGAAAUAGCGAUAAAUACGUUGAACUGCUUAGAAAAGUAGAUUUAAACGACAAGAGAGCGGCCAAUGGCUUGAGAGAGCAGAUGCUUAGAGAAUCAAACUCGUUGACAAAUCGAGAGUUUCAUUUCUUGAUUGAGGAGAUAGUGGCGCAGUUUAACGAUAUGGACCAUCUGAAAUUCUUCAUAUCGUUCAAUUUUCUGCUACGAGGCGCCAACAAAACAUUCAAUACGGUGUUUAGGCAGAUAUUUGACAGCGCGAACUCGUUUGAUAACUACAUUUUUUUACAGAGAGAAGCACUUGGUCAGAUUUAUCAGCAGUUGCUGUUCUUCAGAAAGAAGGUGCAGAAAUACAAUUCAAAUGACCUGCUGGACGAGAUAAACAAUCUGGUUGAGCUAAGUUACAAGCUUUACGAUGCUGACGCGUUAUAUGAGUGUUUUACGUUGCUGGACAUUGUGGCCGAUCUGAUAGCCAUUGUGAACAAGUUUCCGUUCAAGAAGAACACCAUUUUGUACUUUUCAAUGCUUUUUAAUAUAUUUUUGAGCAGAGGAUGCAUAUUCUCUGCCGUGAACGCCCUUUAUCGGCUGAUUUGUAUCGACAAAAAGGUAAAUUUAAGGGAAAAGUAUGUGCAGGCGCUUGCAGAUCUUAUGCAUUUGAAAGACUGCGAAGAAGAGCACAGCAAGAUGUUCUGCGGUCUUCCUAGCGUUAACUCGCGUACAUUCCAGCAGGAAGCUAAGAAUAUUGAAUACGAGCAGGACGUAUUGCUCCAGCUAAAUGAAGAAUGUUUAGACAAUUUCGUGUUUUACCGAGAGAAUGCCAAAAAAACAUUUGAAUGCGACAAUGAAAUGCUCAUAUUUAUCUCUUUCCUCAGGCUCAACAAUUUUAACUUUUCGCUUGACGAUGGAAUUUUGAUAUUUGACGGAACUUACAGCAAGAAAAGUAAUUCAGCGAAGGUAUUCGAAAUUUUAAAGGGAAUGAAGGAUCAAAAAGACUCUGUGGUGACGCGGAAUGUUGAAGCGAUCAGAAUUAAAGAGAACCUAAAGCGAGAAAAGAUGAUAAAAGAGACGCUUGUGGCAAGUGAUAGGGAAGAAAAUCGUGGUGAAAUGGUAAAGGAAGAGAAGAAGAUCUGGGAGGAUCGAUUUACGAAGAAUUUCAAUCUUUUUCGCAUUUACCAAAUAAAAACACAGCUGGUUGAUGAUCCUAAUGAUUUAGAAUUGCGGCAGUGCCAGCUUGACAUGGAUUUUCAGAGAGACUUUGAAAAGAAGGAAAGACUGAGGGGAUUGUAUGAGCAAAGAAAAGAUGAGAUAGUUGAGGUGCUUAAGAAAUAUGAAGAAAGAAAACAAAAGAGUUAUCAACCGGUCGCUGCCAGACAGGACGAAGCUAGGGUGAUUAAAGGCUCAUGGCGAACUGCUACUCCCGAAUCAUUCAAAACAGAGAGUGUUUAUAAGCCUAGUGUGGGGUAUAGUAAGCCAGCUGAGGGCAGCGUAUAUCAGCCACCUAAGUUUACGCGCGAGACCCCAGCUUUUGAACCAAAAGAAGCGGUCAAUCCGAAUAUAUAUGAUCCGUCGAGUAUAAGAAAGCCAAUGCCUACAUCUUUUGAGUCAAAGGACACGUCUCGAUCGACUUUUUACGAGCCAUCUAAGAAACCGCAGUCCUUGUCUUUUGAGUCAAAGGACACAUCUCGAUCAGCUUUUUACGAACCAUCUAAGAUAAGAAAGCCUGCCAGCAAAGAUGUUAGCACCGCUGAUGAGAGCAAGGUGUACAAAUUUGUUAGAAAAGAUUUUGUAGAUGCAGGUGCUGUGGACCAGACUUCUCAGAGCAAGAACGUAGGUUUACACAGUGCAUCAAAUUUGAGCAGCCCAGAUGAAAAACCUGAAAAAGAAAUUAGAAAGGGGGAAUCAUGGCGAACAGCCAAGAAAUAAAUAAAUUUGGUUUUUAUGGU